UAGCAAUGUCCUAAUUAACCUCGUCAAAUAUUAAAAAGGUCCUGAACCAACAUACAAUUUAUGAUAAGCUAUAAAUACUUAACGCUCUUCCAAUUCUUAAUUAUUCUCAUCAUCAAAAUCAACAUUCAACAAAUAUUCUCUGUGAUCUUAUUAUAAAUUUUAGUACGAAAUUUUUAACAUUUUUUGCAAAGGUGACACAAUUUUGAUCUGUAACAAUGCGGUGUUCUUCUAAGAAUUUGGCAUUAUACUUCCUUCUUCUCUUUGUUUCAGAGUUUAUGCUAGGAGUGACAGUAGCAGCAGAUGAUCAAACAAUAAAAGGGACAGUAAUUGGAAUAGAUUUGGGUACAACAUAUUCCUGUGUUGGAGUUUAUAAAGAUGGUCAUGUUGAAAUCAUAGCCAAUGAUCAAGGUAAUAGGAUCACUCCUUCUUGGGUGGCUUUCACUGACACUGAACGAUUAAUUGGAGAAGCAGCUAAGAAUCAAGCAUCUCUUAACCCGGAUCGAACCGUUUUCGAUGUUAAGCGUCUUAUUGGUAGAAAGUUUGAUGAUCCUGAGGUUCAAAGAGAUAUGAAAAUGUUGCCUUAUAAAGUUGUUAAUAGAGAAGGGAAGCCUUAUAUUCAGGUGAAACUUAAGGAUGGUGUUAAAGUGUUUAGCCCUGAAGAAAUCAGUGCUAUGAUCUUGCAAAAGAUGAAGGAGACUGCUGAGUCUUAUCUGGGUAAAACAGUUAAACACGCAGUCGUCACUGUUCCAGCUUAUUUUAACGAUGCCCAAAGACAAGCCACCAAGGACGCCGGUACAAUUGCCGGGCUAAAUGUGGCUCGUAUAAUCAACGAGCCCACGGCCGCAGCAAUUGCUUAUGGUUUGGACAAGAAAGGAGGAGAAAUGAACAUUUUGGUGUAUGACCUUGGUGGUGGAACAUUUGAUGUUAGCAUCUUGACUAUUGACAAUGGUGUGUUUGAGGUUCUUUCCACUAGUGGAGAUACCCAUUUGGGAGGUGAGGACUUUGACCAUAGGAUCAUGGAUUAUUUCAUCAAGUUGAUCAAGAAGAAGCACAACAAGGACAUUAGCAAGGAUAAGAAGGCGCUCGGAAAGUUGAGGAGGGAAUGUGAGAGGGCUAAGAGGGCACUCAGUAGUCAGCACCAAGCUAGGGUUGAGAUUGAAGCUCUUGUUGAUGGGGUUGAUUUCUCUGAGCCAUUGACGAGGGCGAGGUUUGAGGAGUUGAACAUGGACUUGUUUAAGAAGACAAUGAGUCCAGUCAAGAAGGCUUUGCAAGAUGCAGGGUUGAAGAAGACUGAUAUUAAAGAGAUUGUGCUUGUUGGUGGAAGUACUAGGAUCCCUAAGAUUCAGCAGCUUUUGAAGGAUCUCUUUGAUGGUAAGGAGCCUAACAAGGGUGUAAACCCGGAUGAAGCUGUCGCCUUCGGUGCUGCUGUUCAAGGUGGUGUUCUUAGUGGUGAAGGAGGUGAAGAAACUCAAGGUCUCCUUCUUCUUGAUGUGGCUCCUUUAAGUUUGGGUAUUGAGACUGUUGGUGGAGUGAUGACUAAAUUGAUUCCAAGAAAUACAGUCAUUCCAACAAAGAAAUCUCAAAUUUUCAGCACUUAUCAGGACCAGCAAACCACAGUUGAUAUUAAGGUCUUUGAAGGUGAAAGAACCUUAACCAAGGAUUGUCGUGAACUCGGAAAAUUUCAACUCUCUGGCAUUCCACCUGCUCCAAGGGGAGUACCUCAAAUUGAGGUGACCUUUGAGGUGGAUGCCAAUGGUAUUCUCCAUGUAACAGCAGAGGACAAGGCAGCCAAGAACAAGCAAACUAUAACCAUCACAAAUGAAAAAGGCCGCCUAAGCCAAGAAGAGAUAGACCGAAUGGUGAGAGAGGCUGAGGAAUUUGCCGAGGAGGAUAAGAAGUUGAGGGAAAAAGUGGACGCGAGGAACAAGCUUGAGACAUAUAUCUACAACAUGAGGAGCACAGUUGAUGAUAAAGACAAGCUUGCUGAUAAGAUUGACUCUGAUGACAAAGAGAAGAUCGAGGCAGCCUUGAAAGAAGCACUUGAGUGGUUAGAUGAUAACCAAAACGCUGAGAAGGAAGACUUUGAAGAGAAGAUGAAAGAAGUGGAAGCUGUUUGUAACCCUGUGAUCAAACAAGCUUACGAAAAAAGUGGUGGCAAGCCUGCUGAUGACUCUGAAGAAGACGAAUCUCAUGAUGAAUUAUAGAGUGUAUAUACAAAAUUAAGAGGCAUCUUUUAAUUCCCUUUUUGAUGUUAUGCUAGGAUGUAAUGCUCCUAAUUAGGAUCCAAUAUUGACAAAAUAUGUUCUUUAUACGACAUUGUUUGAUUUAGAUUAACAAUCAAAGUUCUUCCCUCGAUAUCUUCUUCCAUGUCCAUAAGUUGCUCGUUUACCUAAUAUUGGAUAAUGUAUUAGCAUACUUUUAUGAA